AUGCCUGGUGUCGUGUCAAUCUCUUAUCCUACGUUAGUGUCGUCACCGCUUUCGUUGCGAACUUCCAUAGGCGAGUCUGUAUCGACUUCUGAUGAACAAGCAUUCGGGUCUCAUCCCCAGGCACUCGGCAUUAUUCUCGUUAAGGAUCUACCAAGUGUCUACAAGUCUUACAGAGAGACGCUAUUGAAGUUUAGUUACAAAUACGCUCAUUUACCAGAGGAUAUCAAAGAGCGUUAUACCGAUCCAGACAGCAGUUACAGCUUUGGGUGGUCGCAUGGAAAGGAAAUUAUGAACGGAAAGCCAGGUGGGUUCUGCGAAGGCCUAGUCGCACGCAUUUCUUCGAGUAGUUAUCUAGACACUCUAAAAGGGUCUUAUUAUGCUAACCCCAUCGUCGACGUCCCCAAUGUAUCGCCAGCAAUAAGAGAACAACAUCGGGAGUAUUACCGAGAAAACAUCUGGCCGGACGCCAAUGAGAAAGGUGUCGAGGGGUUCGAAAGUGCAUUUAAAGACCUCGGAAGGUUCGUCUUCCAGGUGGGAUGUGAGCUGGCUGCGGCCUGCGAGCCUUUUGUUUCAAAGCACUUGGGCGACACGUCAUUUUCUCUAGCAGAACUUAUUGCUCGUUCGCAAACCACCAAGGCACGGCUCCUACAUUACUUUCCCCCUAACCCAGCAGAUGUGAAAGAAGUGGAUGACGAACCCAUCGAUAGCUGGUGCGGCUUUCAUCUUGACAAUUCGCUUCUGACUGGGCUGUGUGCAGCCGUGUUCUUGCGAGAGGAAGAUGACGGACAGCCGAGCGUGGUUCCCUCCCCUUCCCCAGAAUCCGGCCUAUAUAUUCGAACUAGGGGAGGUGAGUUAACCAAGGUUUCGAUACCAGACGACUGUCUGGCCUUUCAGACCGGCGAAGCCCUUGAACUAGUCACUGGUGGAAGGCUGCGGGCGACCCCACACUGCGUUCGUGUUGGGGGAAGUUGUGAGAGGAUAUCAAGGGAGACUUUUGCUUUGUUCAUGCAACCCGACACACACCAGAAGGUGUCUGCUACUGAGACUUUUGGACAAUUCACAAAAAGAAUACUAGAAAAGCACUACGGGAAAAACUCUACGUGA